CACACAUAUUAUUAAAAUUGGCACUCAUAUUUGCCAUAUUGCAUGCAGCAUGAUUUUAGUCGGGCGGAAAUAACAACAUAUGCGAAUAGGAACGCAUUGAUUAUGGGCGAAAUAACUUUACGUGAACUCGAUCCGGUGCUUCAAGAGUUGGCGCGCACAAAUUGUAAUGAAAAUCCAGACACGGCCGUUGAACAAAUCGAAGUCAUACAAGAAUGGAUAAGAAAGUCUCCACAUCUGAAAGCAUCUAAUAAUCCACAAUUUAUUUUAGCUUUCUUGCGUCGGUGUAAAUUCAGUCUCGAGAAGACAAAAAAACGUAUUGAUAAUUAUUAUGCCAUUAAGAAUAUAUUUCAAGAGGUUUUAUGUGAACGUGAAUUGAGUGAUGAGUUAAUUGAAUUCUAUCGAACAGGAAUACACAUUAUUUCUAACAAGCCGAUCGCACUCGACGGACCCGCUGUCAUGAUCUCACAGUACUGCAAAAUCGAUUCGAAGAAAUGGCACCCACGCUUAGCAUUUAAAUUGCUUUUUAUUCUGUUCGAGACUUUAGCUAUGGAAAGCGACAAUGCCAGCAUAGUGGGUCUAACAUAUAUAAUAGAUUGCCGGGACGUUGGUGUCGAUCUAAUGAUGCAAUUUGACUCUUUUCUCCUGAAGAAGGGCUACACAGUAGCGGAGAACUGUAUGCCCUUGAAACUAAAAGAAAUCCAUGUCAUAAAUAUGAGACGCGAAGGAGUAUCUGUGUUCAAUUUCAUACCAUCAUUUUUGCCCAGUACAUUGACAUUCAAGUUUGUGGCGCACAAAAAGGCCGAGCAUUUGUUCGAAUGCAUUCCACGUGAUGCUGUUACCGUCGAAUAUGGCGGAAACAAUGGCUACCUAGCGGAGGCUAUCAAAUCGUUUGAGCAAAUCUUGUUGUUGUAUAGGGAGCAUUUCAAAGAGGAUGGCAACUUUGGCACAAAUGAAAAACUGCGAAUUGGACAUAAGAAGGAGUGGGAAUUGAGCGAAUUGAGCGGAGUUAGUGGGUCCUUCCGAAAAUUAGAACUGGAUUAACAUUUGUAAAUAAUUCAAAAUUAAAUUGUUGUUGUUUAUAUUAUUUAUACAUAAUUUAUUAGCUAAAAAAUGUAC